UAGGCUGAACGGGCACCUCUGUUUUGCACCUCUAAUUCGUUCGUUUUGUUCGUUUUCGCGGAAAAAGUAAAUUAUCAACGCGACUUGUGGCAAAAUAGCUGGACGGCAAUGUCGGCGGCGAUAGCUGGCACCCACGGGCGUCCUAGAAUAAGUCCUAAUAAUUAAGCCCCUUUAUCCCCGGCCCCGCGAACGGCGGCGAAAAGAGCCAGAAACGAAACCAGCCGAAUAGAAGCGACAGAGAGAGGUGGAAAAAAUUAAACAAGUUUGCGUAGACGAAAAGAAGCGUGAAAAGAAGGGAAAAUAAAAAGUGCAAUAAUGUUUAUAAAAAUUCGAAAAAGCGUCAAUUUUAGGCUGUAAACCCUGAGUGCGUGUGUGCCUGCGUGUGCUGUGAGUGUGUAGUGUGAGUGUGCGGCAGCGAGUGUCUGAGUGUAAAUGAAGUGGAGUUGAGUGUUGGCCAAGCCCAAAACGAGAAUUAAUUAAAAAAGUGAAGCGCAACUGUGAAAAGUACCACACGCAAUAGGGACGGACAGACACCGAUCCCUGGAACAAGGAGCCGCAGGAGCGCCAGAAAGAAGGGACCCCAACAUGACCGAGGAACUGAAGGUGGUGCUGCGCCGCAGUGAGCAGCAUUCCGGCUUCGGGUUUUCGCUGCUCGGCACCACCGGACCGCCACAUGUCAUCUACGACAUUGUCGAGAAUUCGCCGGCAGCCGAUUGCGGAGCGGUUGAAGCCGGGGAUGUCAUCCUCAAAGUCAACGGCACGGAUGUCCAUCGCUACACAACGAAGGAAGUUCUCAAAUGCCUGCGCCUUUCCGAACAGCUGGUGACCUUGGAGCUGAAGCGAGAUCCCAAGCUCAAGGCCCGGAUCAAAGAGCAGCUGGCCAACACCCAGAGUCCGCACUAUGUGGACAUUGAGUCGCCCAAUAUCUACGACUACCACAGCAGCAGCCCCCACUCCUCGCCCAACCAUCGUCCCGCCGCCGGCGCGAAGGGAACGGCAACUACGCCCACGCCUACGCAGAGCGGGCUGCGCUACAAGUCGCCCACGCACUUGCCCUCACUGCGCCAGAACUCGUCACCACUGCUGGCGAGUGGCUCCACCACCACCACGACCACCGCCUCGCACACGCUCACCCACAGCCGCAAUUCGUCGGCCAGCUCUACCAAGAUCAAGGUAGUGGAGACGAGCAUUACCACCUCGACGACCAGCAGCACCACGGGUAUAGUCGGUCCGACCUCACCCACCGGAGGGGAGGCCACCUCGCCCACCUUCCGCCCCUCUCGCAUUCCACAGGCGCUCAAGUGCCCCGCCCCCAAGCCCGUGCCCUUGCUCCAUUCGCCCCAGAAUAAGCGGCCUCGCCCCUCGCAAAUCCCGACGAAGGCAGCGAACGGGAACGGCAACGGGAUCGGGCAUUCCUCUCAGUUGCCGCCCCAGGCUCUGCAGCACUCAAACAGCUAUAGCGGCAGUCCGGUUACCCGGCAACGAUUCUCCACGGAAAGGGAGCAGGAAAGGGAGCCGGAGCCAAACUCGGCACCACCACAGCCGGCGAAGGCGCCACGCUUUGAGGCUUACAUGAUGACCGGUGACCUGAUCCUGAACCUGUCCCGGACACCGCAGACCAGCAAUCUCCUGCCCGCCCAGGCCAAGAAGGUGGACAGUCUCCGGGACUCGCCCAGUCGUCUAGUUAACCCACGGAUCAACGGCGCUCUUGCGCCGCGUGCAUCCGGCGAAUCCUCGCCCACGUCCUCCUCGUCAGUGGACUCGCCCACCAACACCAGUUCGGAUUCGGUGAAGCGCGAGGCCAAGGUGUUGCGGAAGCAACAACAGCAGCAACCAGAGCAGCACCAACAGCAACAGCAGCGGGACAGCAUCAACAACAGCUACAAUCGCAAGGACUCGCUGACCAACGACACGCUGCUGAUGUGCGAAGAGCUGGAGCGGGACGAGGAGGCGGAGUAUGGGCAGGACGAGGAUAACCGCCAGCAGCGUCAGCGCCAGCAGCAGCAGCAGCAGCGAUAUCGGCAGCAACAGAAUCAGCAACGCUACGAGUACUACCAAAACGACGACGAGCUGGAGGAGCAGGAGGAAGUGGAGGAGCGCGAGGAGGACCAGACGCACUAUGACAUCACCAACAUCGAAACCUAUCAGAGCGGACUGGGGCGCGGCGACGAGGAUGACAGUGACCGCCAGUGUCUGGUGGACGAUGACGACGACGAUGACGCCUACGACGAUGAGGAGAACGAUGCCGGCGACGAGGACUACUCGACCAACUCCCUGGGCUCCGGUUCAGCCAAGCAGAGAUUACGCGCCCUCAAGCAGCGGACGGCCACCCGGCAACAGCAGCGCCAUCGAGAUGCCGUCGACUGUGCCGGGCGCUCUGGAUCGGGAUCGUCGUCGACGACGGUCAAGAGCGAGGCGGGCGGUCUGGGCCUGGACGAGACCUCCUUCUCAGUGCCAACCUCCCCCAUCUCGUUGUCUACGCCGCUGAUCGACAAGGAGACGGCGAACUCGGUGCCCACCAGUCCGGAGCCCAGUUCCGUGGCCGGACAGGAGUCGGGCAGUGGCGCCGGUGCCGGUGCCGGAGCGGUAGUAGUGCGCCGCCACAACGGGCAUGUGGUGCGGAAGUGUGAUGCCGCCGGUUUCCGCACCAGCAAGUCCGAGGACCAUUUGCAGCAGAUCCAGCGGGAAGGCAUCGCAGCCGUGAUACCCAUCGACAUCGAUGAGGAUGUGAAUAGUUCGCUGAACACGCUGCUGGACACGCGUCAGGACUCGGAGGACUCGCAGUCGAUGGCCACUGUAAUUGUAAACAACUCCUCUUCCUCAUCGUCACUGGCCUCCAACAACAACGAGGGUGAGCGAAACAACAACCCCAGCAACUGCAACACCAACAGCAGCAGCAGCAGCAGCAAGGCUGGCGACAACAACAACUGCCGCAGCGAGAGGAGCGAAUCCCCAGCAACUGGUGUCCCAAGAACGAUGAACUGCAGCAGCAAACUAAACUAUAUCUUGUGCAAAAAGGCCUCGGAUCGCGAUCGUAUUGUGUGGACUUAUAAUGCGCCACUGCAGCCGCACCAAUUGGCGGCCCUACAGCGACAGCAGCAGGUUCAGGAGCAGCAGUUCCAGCAGCACCAACAGCAGCUCCAGCAGCAACACCAGCAGCACCUCCAGCAGCAGCAACUCCAGCAGCAGAACCAGCAGCAGCAGCAGACAUUCUACGGUCAGCAAUCGCAUUCAAAUUCACAUUCAAGUUCCAUUAGUUCGUCGCCCCAGCACUCGGCUGCGGGCAGUCCGGCCUCGCCCACGUCGGUGUCGUCGUCGGUGAUGUCCUCGUCAGGCUCUAAGGGCGCCCUGGGCCUGGGUAGCAGCAGCAAUGGCCCCACAUCCGCGCAGCAGCAGCAACAGCAGCGGGAGCAGGGCGGUCAGGUGGCGCAGCCGCCCAGCGGGAUGCCCGGUCUGCUCAGCUGCCCAGGUGGCGGUCCAGGCGGUUCUAGUGGUGGUGGUUGUGUAACUGGUGGUGGUGGCAACAACGAUCAGAGCGUCUCAGAGGCCAUUUCGAAUAUUUCUAGUCCCGACUACCAAGACGACGAUAAUUUAUUGAGUUCUCGCGAUAUUCUAGGCGGCAUGGUACUUAGCGAUCCCAGUGACUCGGACUCCACCAUUCUCGUGUCGGACGCGGCCGCGCUGCAGCGCCAGCAGCUGAAGCAGCAGCUGCGUGCUCAGCAGCAGCAGCAGCGCGAGAGGGAGCGGGAGAGGGAUCGCGACCGGGAGCAGUCCGAGCACAAGGUGGUCAUCCAAGUGCGUGGCCUGGACAGCAGCAACAGCAGUAACGGCGGUCGCUCUGAGGAGGAUGUGAUUACGCUGACGGACGAACCGCUGGGCACGACUUCCAUCGGACUGCGGGACGGGUCGCCGCCCGUCUCCGACGAUGGCAGUGAUGUGGAGUCGCUCCACUCGUACCACUACUCGCCCAAGGCCGUGGACAUGCCCUCGGCCAUUCGUUUGGCCAAAAGACUGCACUCCCUCGACGGUUUCAAGAAGAGCGACGUGUCGCGACACCUCAGCAAAAACAACGACUUCAGUCGGGCGGUGGCCGAUGAGUAUCUGAAGUACUUCACCUUCGAGAAAAAGUCACUGGACCAGGCGCUGCGCGAGUUCCUCCAGCAAUUCUCGUUGUCGGGGGAGACACAGGAACGGGAACGGGUGCUGGUGCACUUCUCCAAGCGCUUCCUCGACUGCAAUCCGGGCACCUUCAACUCGCAGGAUGCCGUGCACACGCUCACCUGUGCCAUAAUGCUGUUGAAUACGGACCUGCACGGUGCCAACAUCAAUCGCAAGAUGAGCUGUGCGGAGUUCGUGGACAAUCUGGCUGAUCUCAACGAUGGCGAGAACUUUCCGAAGGAUGUGCUCAAGUUUCUAUAUCAGGCCAUCAAGACCAAGCCGCUGGAAUGGGCGCUAGAUGAGGAUUCCGCCGAGCUGCAGCAGCAGCAGAGAGCCAACAACAGUGCCCUGGGCAAUGUGGGACAGAAUCCCUUCCUCGAUCCGCCCGAACUGGCCACGGCUGUGGAGUACAAAAAGGGCUAUGUGAUGCGUAAAUGCUGCUACGAUAGCAGCUCCAAGAAGACUCCGUUCGGCAAACGCUCCUGGAAGAUGUUCUACUGCACGCUACGUGAUCUUGUGUUGUAUUUGCACAAAGACGAGCACGGUUUUCGCAAGAGUCAAAUGUCCGACAAUCUGCACAAUGCAAUACGCAUACAUCACGCACUGGCCACCAAGGCCAACGACUAUACCAAGAAGCAACAUGUGUUCCGUCUGCAGACGGCCGAUCAGGCCGAGUAUCUAUUCCAGACCAGCGACUCGAAGGAGCUGCAGUCGUGGGUGGAGACGAUCAAUUACGUGUGCGCGGCAAUUUCGGCACCACCGCUCGAAGGCGGUGUGGGCAGCCAAAAGAGGUUCCAGCGUCCGCUUUUGCCAAGCAAACAGUCCAAGCUGAUGCUGAAGGAGCAGCUGGAGUCGCAUGAGUUGCAGCUGGCCCAGCUGGAGCAGGAGCUAAACGAGCACAAGAAGGGUCCGAUUCCCAGCAAGGGACUGCCUCUGCAGAACUACAAGGAGAAGGAGAGCUACUUGCAGUACGAGAUCCGUCGCUACCGCACCUACGUGAGCAUAUUGAGCGCCAAACUGCUGGCGGAUCAGCAGCAGCUGGAGCUGCAGGCCACACAGCCGGCACAGGCGGCGGCGCACGACGAAGAGGCCGACACAUUCCCAGUGGGCAACACCACCGCAUGCCCGCCUUCCACGCCGCAAAGUAUUAGCCUGCAGCAGCCGAAGGAGCAGCAGCAGCAACAGCAGCAGGCACCGCCAACGAACAGAAAAGAGAAGAAAAAGAAAUAAUUUCGUUUCGUUUCGCUCUUGAUUUCGAUCAUUUUCAACUUGCAUACCACCAACCAACACACAAACACACUUCCCACACAUCUGCAUCCUGCGUAUCCUGGCCACCGAGAAGCAGGAGCAGGCAGGCACUGCCACACGAACGAAUCUGAAUUGAAUACUCCGAAAUGCCACACGCUGCCUCCUCCGCCGGGAGCCCAUCAACACACUCCAUACACUCAGCACCACACACCUCCAACUCCACGGGGGCACAACCAUCACACACACACACCCACACUCGUACGCUUUACGUACACUCAAGCGCUACGGCUGUGCCGUGUCUGCCAUUGAAGAAAUUUGGAAUCUGUGCACUUUAAUUACUUUAACUGUAACUGUAACCGUUAAGGAGCGAGUUGAGGGCCGAUAACUUGAACAACAAGAACAUACGAUAAUUAACUGUAACCGAGAAUUUGAAACGUCUGCGAAGGAGAAUCGAUUUACCUUUGAAGGUCGUUCAUCAGAAGAUUUUUGGCAGGGAGAUUUUCCCAAAUUCAAAUUCAAUCUCAAAGACUUCGAUUCAGAGUCUCACGAUGACAUCGGUUUCAUCUGUCGCACGCAAUAUGCUCGAUUCAGAUUCGACUUAUUUAAAUCAUAUUUUUCUUCUGCUGGAUGGCUGCUGACGAAGAACGAGAAUGAAAACUGCUUAUACACAUAGACUUAUUAUUACGAGAGUUGAUAAACAAUACUUACAUCAUUACCUAUGCUAUCAUUAUAAAUGAUAAAAAUAAAAUUUAUAAAUUAUUGAAUACUUCUGCGCAAAGCAGAGGGCGCCGAGGACGAGAAGGAGCAUUGGCAUUAUCCUGAGCAAUUACCACUUGAUAUGCUUUGAGUACGACUUGUUUAUUGGCCUUUUGCUAUGCACUAUCACACACUACAUUACACACACUUACUCCAAUAUUAUGUACGGGCAAAUAUAUUUAUUUACACAAACAAUUAUCGGUUGAUUACGCGACAUGUCCAUGUAGCUAGAAUAUGAAAUUGAUAGCGAGGCAGGAGAGGAGAGGGAGGAACAAUAAGUUUAAAUACACCAUAUACAUAUAUAUUUUUGAAUAUAUUAUAAUAUAUUAUAUUGUAUUGUGUAAUUAUGUAAAUGCAGAUAAUAUAACAUUGUUUAUAAUUAUUUUUAACAACUCUACUGAAACGGCAAUAAACUCGAAACAAAAACAAAUGCAACCAACUGAAGUGAAGUGACAAAAACCGAAGCGAGAGCUAACCAAGCGCCUAAAUGAAUGCAUAUUGUAUAUUUAUUUGGUAAAACCUUUUUAAGC